GGGGCAGCCCCCGGCCAUUGAUAACCCCCGUCCACGCCGCCGGGGAGCGCAGACCGCCGCGCACCCGGUGCCCGGGCACCUCCACCCACCCCACAGCGCGCCGGCGCGGAGGAUGCUGCGGGCCGGGACGCUCCGUCGCUGAAGCACCGGAGGAGGCUCGGGCGGCGCCGAGGAGAUGCGGCUGCCCCUGGCCCUGCUGGCCCUGGCCGCCCUGGGGGCGGCGGCCGGCAGGGCGGGCCGGGAGGCGGAGGAGGAGGCGGCGGCGGGGCGGUUCUCCACGCCGGAGCGGCACCGGUGCAGCUGGGAGGUGCGCUGGGCGGCGGGGGCCAGCGAGCUGCGGGUGAGCUGCCGGCCGCCGGCGGGCGGCGGGGCGGCGCGGAGCUGCGCCUACCGCGGGGAGCCGCGGCGCUGCCCGGCCUACGGCGGCCGCAGCCGGCAGUUCUGGCGGCAGAUCCUGGGCCGGCUGCGGCGGCGGCGGCACCCCUGCGCCCGGGGCGGCCCGCUCACCGCUCGCCUCUGCGCGGCCGGCCGGGCGCCGCCCGAGGCGCAGCUCCGCCUGCUGCCCGCCCCCGGGCCCUCCGCGACCGCCGCCCCCAGCGCCCGGCCCAGCGCCCGGCCCUACUGCGCCCAGCGGUGGCACUCGCUCUGCAGCUUCUUCGUCGGGUUCUGGGAGGGAUGA